AUGAAGCUCGCGUUUUCUACUGCAUUCCUUGUAGCCUUCUUCGCACGAUCCACUGCCUCUGCUGCAGUGCGCAGAGACAUCUUUGACCCACCCAUCCUCUCCCCUGGUAGCGGAACAGUCUGGAUGGUGAAGACGACCCAAAACGUCUCCUGGGACACCUCCAACCCUCCUGAACCCAUCACAGACCGCAACCACAGCAGCAUCAGGCUGACCAAGGGCGGCAGACAGUUGCCUCUCGUAUUGGCAGACCAGUUUGAUAUCCUCCUCGGGAGCAUCGAGGUGGAGGUUCCUUGGGUCACUGAAGGCGAUGACUAUUCCAUUAUUCUAUUUGGCGACUCAGGUAAUUGGGGCGAGACGUUCAGUAUCAAAGGCGGCCCUACAUACUAGAUAUAUAUGGUACGGCUUCAUUUGUCUCAGAUGCCGGGCAGGGAUUCGUACUGGUACUUUGCAUUAUCUUGUGAUGCAUUCAUAUGAAACAGAUAAAUCGCGAGUUGCCAUUCCUCCCGAUCGGAAACCAUGCCUUUUGACGACCUUUUAUUAGCCUGCGGAUAAGAUAGAGUGCUUUUGAUUAUGACUAUGACCGUGGGAUGUCGCGGCUCAAUAAAGUAAUAAGAACAACAUUGUAAGAACUAUUGGAAUAAGUAAGUAAAGUGUGUACAGGUAUAUGAGUUAAGUAACAUACCUCAGUCGGCGCAGUAUAAGUGAAACAACUGAGGGUGUGGACA